AUGUCCCACAUCCAGAAGUGGCAAGAACCGAAGCUUUCCUGGAACCCGGCCGAGUUCAACAACCUCACCCAGGUGGUGAUCCCCCAGAAUUUGGUCUGGCUCCCGAAGCUGUUCAUCUACAAUAGUAUGGAGACGAAGGAGAUGCUCACGGAAAACCGGUUCGAUGUGCGGUUGCAGCACAACGGCGAGGUGAAGAUCAACAUGCCCGUGUUCACGUCGGUCCUCUGCCGGCUUAACAUUGAGCUGUUCCCCUUCGACACGCAGUUCUGCGCCGUCGCACUCGCGUCCCCGUUGCUGAACGUGCAGGAGAUGGACGUCAACGCCACGCAGCCGCCCAAGGAUUCGUAUUUUGCGGGCAACGCCGAGUGGGAGGUGAUGAACAUCACCGUGCGGCAGUUGCGGUUCGUCGAGUACGGCGAGUAUAGGGUUGAGGUGCACUACAUCCUGCACCUCAACCGUCGCCCCAUCUACUACGUGACCGUCAUCGUCGUGCCGACCUUCCUCAUCUCCGCCCUCUCGAUUCUGGGCAUAUUUUCCCCGGGCUCAAAUGAUGGGCCCAGAAAUGAGAAAGUGUCGCUAGGGCUUGGGUCCCUCUUGGCCAUGACGGUGUUGUUGGACAUCGUGGCCGGGGCGAUGCCGAAAUCAAAUUCGAUUCCGUUGCUCGGCUUCUACAUCAUUGUCGUCAUCAUGUUGUGCGCGGUUGGGGUGGCGAUAUCGAUGGCAUUACUCGGUUUAUCGAGAUCGUACAUCCAAACGGAGCGGAUGCCCUCUACACAGGCAUACAGAAUAUUAAUGCUGCAGCCAAUGAAAAAAUGCGCGAUGAACGGGUUAUCGCACCCGAAGUUCCCGGAUUUGGCGGCCAUAUAUGUACAAUUGACGGAGGUGGCGAGGGCGCAGAAGACGUACCGGGAGAGGAUAGAGAGGAGUGUUUGGUUGAAUAGGGUCGAAAAAGAGUGGAAUCGUAUGUUCGGCCGCGUGGACCACAUCUUCCUCGGCAUCUUCGAGCUGUUAAACUUCUUGAUCUUGGUGCUGUUCCUCCGCUACGCCUUCCUGCCCGUCCCCGAUCUGCCUGACGACUUCACCGUG